CAUCAUCAUUUGUAUUAAUAAAAUGCCCGAGUGCGAUGUCUAAUUUUUUUAUGAUCUCAACCGUGUCUCCUCCAUUGCCCCCACCCCCAAUGGAACAUUUUUUUUUGGCUGCGGUUGGUGUCCUGUCAAUCGCCCCCCGUGGUUCGUGCGGAUGCAUGUAGACACUAGUGUUAGUUUAGACAGCAAAUUGAUCGGACCAUGUUUAAUCGACAGUCGUGCCAACGGUCGCCGACAAUGUUUAUCUGCAAGCACACCGUAAACCAAACCCCCGAACUGCCCCGCCCGGCCAGUGACGUAUCUGACGUGUUGUGUUGAUUAUUCCCUCUGCCUACGGUACCGAGUAACAUCGCUUUUUUUUUUACUGAUCCGUCACCGUCGGCCUUUUCCUGCUGCCUUGUCGUGUUCCUCUGCUCCCUGCGCUUCCAGUUUCGUUGACAAGCGGGCUCGCCCGGAACGAGUCCAGAUUUUAGAUACAAAUCCAAAUCCUCGAUCGCACGAGUUGCUGUGGCAAACACCUGUACGUACGGUACGACCAGCACGAGCGCCCGACACGGGGUGGCCAGCACCAGCAGCGCCGGGCGACCCGACCCCUCUCGUCGCCAUCACGCCUCAAUAAUUCACUGCGCACCCGGCCGCGAUCGCCACCACCAGUGGCACUGCGCGUACGCAGCCCGCCAAUAAUAUAACUCCCAAAGCAGAGGCCGAAACCCGCGACGCGCACGCCCAGUGCGACCACCACACACAAGGGUGGUGCCAAGGAGCCGCACUGCCGAUCAUGUCCACGCCCCGCCACCGCCUGGUCACCGCCUCCCCGUCCCUCCGCUUCCUCGGCCUGCUCAAGCAACCCGACCAUGCCAGCGCCCAGGACCUGGAGCUCGACGAGCGCGACGUCGUCUGGUCCUCCUCCUCCUCCUCCUCCUCCAGCGCGGCCUCCUCGCCCUCGCCUUCCUCCUCGCCGUCCCCGGCCGCCAGCCUCCGGAGGCCGGUCUCCGCGUCGUCCUCCCGCCACUUCCCCGCGGGCAGCAUGGGGCUGUCCGCGCUGCUCGCCGACGACCACCACCACCAGCGCGCGCCCACCGCGCCCGUCCCCGUCGUCGCGCGCCCGGAGAGACAGCAGCAGCAGCGCGCCCCGCAGCCGUACCACCGCUCGGCUCCCGUCGCCGUGCCGGCCUGGCCCAAGGCGAUGCAGCCGGUGACGGACAGGCGCCGCCGGGAAGCGGAGCUGCUGCAGGCCGCGCCCGACGACGGUUACGAUGACGGCGAGCCCGUGGUGCCGCCGCACGAGAUGGCCGCGCGCCGCGCCGCGGCGGCGGCGUCGGUGAUGGAAGGCGUCGGCCGCACGCUCAAGGGCCGCGACCUCCGCCGCGUGCGCAACGCCGUCUGGCGCACCACCGGCUUCCUCGACCUGUGAAAAAGGACGUCCCUUUCCUUUGGAGGUUCCGUUUCCUUUCCUUCUCUGGCCACGUCGCUCCACUCCACUUGAGCUGCCUGCCUCGGACGGACCUCGGCUUCUUUCUUCUUGCGUAGCGUAGUGCUGUGCCAGCUGCCAGGCACUGAAAAAAGGCGGCCGUUUCCCCACUAUAUAGGUUCGAAGUUCUACUAGCUUCGUUAUAUCAGGUCAGGUGUAUUUGUUGCGGAAAUGGCUGCAGGUGCUUCGGUGUUUUUCCUGGAAGAGAACUACUGUGAUGUGAUCACUCUGCAACUAAUGUUUCAAGACCUGUGCAACCCUUUUGUCAAAGAAUUUCCUCGGAAGGUGAUCCAGAAUAGCUAAAGCCUGCGUGCGUGUGUGUGUGUAGCAGAGCUCAUGUCACUGUUAAACCCUGUGGUCUAGUGCGCACAAGUGCAAAACAGAUGUGGUGUGUUCAUGGCUUUUUGUAUACCAUUGUGGCUAAUGGAGUGACUUUUUUCUUUCUAUAAAAGCAGUUUUUUCCUCCAUAAAAA